GGACUUGCCAAACUAAUAAGUGAAGACGCAAAUCAAACCCUGCGUGGACAAAUGAAGUUCCCAAUCAAAUGGACAGCACCGGAAGCUGCGCUGAAAAACGAAUUUUCUAUCAAAUCGGACGUCUGGUCAUUUGGUGUACUCAUGUAUGAAAUGAUCACACUUGGACGAGUUCCAUAUGCGGGAAUGACAAAUGCUGAGGUGAUCCCGAACAUAUACAAUGGCUACCGGAUGCCUAAGCCCACUGACUCCGCCAUCGGAUGUCCAGACUGGUACUACGAGACAAUGCUCAAAUGUUGGAAUGACAAUCCCGAAGCAAGACCAACCUUUCAACACCUCUAUAACACAUUUGUCGACGAAUGCUCUAAUGAGCCUUAAAUAUAUAAAGAAAAUAAUUCCAGCUGAUAUUGUUGAACAAUGAAAACAACUGUCUAUCAACAGAAAGUUACUGAGAGAUAUCGGUACUCAUGAUAGGGUCUCACAAAACAUCUAGGACAAAAUAGAGCGAAAACAGAUGCUAACAAACGAAGAUAUUCAGGGAUAAAUGAUGAGAGAGAGAGAGAGAGAGAGAGAGAGAGAGAGAGAGAGAGAGAGAGAGAGAGAGAGAGAGAGAGAGAGAGAGAGAGAGAGAGAGAGAGAGAGAGAGAGAGAG